AAAACCCUAGCUCAGUAACUCCUCCCCUGCAAAUGCAACACUGCAAAUCAAAUCAAAAGAUGAAAUUUAGAUUUUUCCGGAAUGUUGUUGUUCUUCCGAUUUAUCCACGACUCAGACAUGUCCAGGGCCAACGCCGAUUCUUUAAUUCAUUUUUCAGAAAGCUACAAACCAGUUCGCAAACUCGCGCUUCUUUUAGUGGAGGCGAUAGCAAUUCUCAAGGUAAUACCUUCCUGAUACCCGGUGCAACAGCUGCUACUCUGCUUAUGCUCGGUGCCCUUCAUGCUCGUCGCCUUUAUGAUGACAAGAAGAUAGAAGAUGCACGGGAGAAAGGAAUUGAACUUGAGUUCCGACCAGAUGUAAAAGCUUCAUUUUUGAGAAUGCUACCUUUGCGCUCUAUUUCUAGAGUUUGGGGGUUCAUGACAAGUGUGGAACUUCCUGUUUGGAUGCGCCCAUAUGUUUACAGAGCAUGGGCUCGGGCAUUCCACUCAAACCUGGAAGAAGCAGCUCUACCUCUUGAGGAAUAUGCCUCUCUGCAGGAUUUCUUUGUUCGCACCUUGAGAGAGGGUUGCAGGCCUAUUGACCCUGAUCCCCAUUGCCUGAUUAGUCCUGUGGAUGGAACUGUUCUAAGAUUUGGGGAGAUAAAAGGAUCAGGUGCUAUGAUUGAACAAGUGAAAGGAUUUUCUUAUUCAGUUUCUUCUCUUCUUGGUGCUAGCUCUUUUCUUCCCAUGAUAACUGAGGAGGAUACACAAGAUGCGAGUACUGAUAGGGAACAGGAAAACACUCCUACAGAAAAAGGUAAGAAGUUUAGGUGGCGAAUUUCACUGGCAUCUCCUAAGGCCCGGGACACAGUACCAGCACGUCCAAUGAAUGGCCUAUAUUACUGUGUAAUAUACUUGAAGCCAGGUGAUUAUCAUCGCAUUCACUCCCCAGUUGAUUGGAAUGUUCUUGUUAGGCGCCAUUUUUCAGGUCGCCUGUUUCCGGUAAAUGAACGUGCCACAAGAACAAUCAAGAAUCUUUAUAUUGAGAAUGAAAGGGUUGUGCUUGAAGGUCUUUGGAGAGAGGGGUUUAUGGCAAUUGCAGCAGUUGGUGCAACAAAUAUUGGUUCAAUUGAGCUUUUCAUAGAACGUGACCUUCGCACAAACAAGCCAAGGAAGAAGGUACUGCACUUGGAACCUCCAGAAGAACGUGUAUAUGAACCUGGAGGUGUUGGCAUGGUACUCAAGAAAGGAGAUGAGGUGGGCGCUUUCAACAUGGGAUCAACAGUAGUGCUUGUCUUCCAAGCACCUCCAUUAGAAUCACUGAAGAAUGGAAACGCUUCUUCAGAAUUCAGGUUUUCAAUCAGGCGUGGGGACAAAAUACGUGUUGGUGAAGCACUGGGAAGAUGGCAUGACUAGUAGUUAUUGUCAAUGUGGCAUUUUUUUAGCUUUUUGUGAGAAAAGCUAUAGUUGGAUCAAGUGAAGGUUUUUUGGGAGAUUGGAAUGUUCUUCAGCAUUCUCAUUUUGGCUUUAAUAAUCAUCCCCUAUAUUU